UCAAAUCCGGACAAAAUCCCAUAUGAACUGGAUCACUAAUGUUUUGUAGCCAUUUCGUAUACAUUGCCAUUUUCUUCCAGAUGCUGAUUUCUGUGUGUCAGCGGGCUGUCUCUCUCUGUGUGUGAGAGAGGGAGAGAAACUGUGUGAGAGAGGGAGAGAAACAGAGUGUGUGCAGUGGCAGAGCUAGGAUUAAGAAUUCCGGGGCUGAGUUUAGAACGGAAAAAUUUUCAACGUCAAACACCUGUCUAUUCCUACUCAACGUCCAAAGCCCUUCUCAAACUUCCCAAUGAAUCACUUGAUUCUCCUCUUUCCACUUCUCCUUUCUGUUUUCUGCUAUGUUGAAGCACAACCAUCCGCAGGCCAGAACGGCGCCAAUUUCGAUCCAAGCUUUGCAGCGGUAAUCGUAUUCUUGAUUUUCAUGAUUAUACUGUCCGUACUUCUAGCUAUAUACACAAGAUUCUGGUACAGAGCCCGCGCAGUUCGCAACAACCAACGAAUUCCAGACGGGUUAGCUAGACCGGGUCCACGAUCUUCGGGGAUCGAUAAGACAGUGAUUGAAUCGCUCCCGUUUUUCAAGUUCUCUGCCCUUAGAGGGUUAAGGGGAGGGCUGGAAUGCGCGGUUUGUCUCUCCAAAUUCGAAGACAUUGAAGUUCUUCGGUUAUUGCCAAAGUGCAAGCACGCGUUUCACAUCAAUUGCGUUGACCAGUGGCUAGAAAGCCACUCCACUUGUCCUCUUUGCAGGCAGAGAAUCAGCGUCGAGGAUUUAACCUACUCGAACAGUUUGAGGUUUUCAUCGAGCCGGUCAGAGGUGAGGGAGGACUCGAACGUGGAGCUGUUUGUUCAGAGGGAGGAUAGUCGUCGACACGGGUCUUCGAGAUUUAGCAUCGGAAGCAGUUUUAGGAAACUCGAAAAGGGUGUUGAAAAGGAAGGCGAGUUCUCAAUCCAAGAAGAUGGCGAUGGCGUGGACGAAAACGACAAGUUUUUGAAUAAGUUCAAUCACAAGAUCAUUAUGUCCGAUGCUGUGCUGAAGAGCAGGUGGAGCAAUCUUAGUUCCUCCGACCUUCUGUUCUUGAAUUCAGAAAUGCUUGGUGAUGUCUCAAGCAAUAGGUUUUCCCCUUUGGAUUCAAACACACACGAAAGCUCGACUACGCAGGCGACUGAAGAGGGUGGAAUCUCGAAGAUUAACGAGGAGACGGAGAGGAACGAUUCACACCCAUUACCAAGUGGUGCUAAUACUUCGGAUCCAACGAGGAAAUUGCGCCCGAAUGAGAAAAGGUCGAUGUCUGAGAUAGCCGUUCAUUCAAGAUUCAAGGACGUGAAUACGAGGAGUAAUAGUGUUAGGGAGUCCUCUGUUCCUGAGAAUGCUACCAGAGAGGAAAGAUUGAAGAGGCUUUGGUUGCCGAUUGCGCGAAAUACAAUUCAAUGGUACAAUAGGGAUAAAAAGUCUCAACAGACUAAUUACACGAGACAAUCGUUGAAUGUGUAACUUCAACUAGUAUUAGCCUCUCAAUGUUCGUGUUUUAUUGAUGUUUUGGAGGUUGAAGUUCUUCGAUCAUUCAAAGAAAUGUCUUCUUCUUUU